UCCCGGGUUCGGCUUCGAGGAAAAUCGUUCCGCUCUCGUAGCGAGAGAGCACUGUCGAAACUCGUUGGGAAGAAAACGUUACGCUGUUAGUAACGAUUCUGUCGAUCGAGUUCAGAUAGACGCGUUAUUCGCUAACACUAUUUUUCAUUGCGUUCGGCAACAAUCUUCCGGUCGUGACGAAUAUACAUAUAUAUUUAUAUACGUUCGGAAGGCAUACCACACGAAACAGAGAAAGAACGAGAAUUUUUAGCGGUUCUGUGUCCCUCCCGGCCGCCGUGAACAAGGAACAACGAAAAAUUCGAUACCGGUAAAUCGUGGAACGUUUGCACGGCAAAAGAGAUAAGAUAUACAGGUUGAAAACACAGUUAGGCUAGUGUGUCGAUUUUAUCGAGAAUAUCGAAGAGAAGAGGUAAAGUUUCGAUAUACAUACGUGAAAAAUACGAAUAUCACCCGUUUGGUAAUCGUUAGGUCCGAGGAUCGAUAAAUUGUCGCGUGGUCGUCGUCGUCGGUAACAACGGCUCUCGUUGACGGGACGCAGCACGAAAUCGAAUCGGUUCGUAGCCGCGAAUCGAACGAAUUCGAUUGGGUUAAGUGAUACUUGCGAGAAACGACGAGCAGAGGAACAAAGACAGAAGGAGAAAAAAAAAGCAGAGGUACGGUAGACAAGCAACGUAGCAGCGGCGUGUGCCACUCGAUACCCGUGCUCGCUCGCAACGGUUGCCAUUUUAUAGCCGGUCGCUCGUAAGAGAUCUUCGGGGAGGCAAGAAAGAGAGAGGGAGUGAUUAAAGAGAACAUACGGGAACACGAUCAGCGUUGAAUCGGGAUCUAAAAGAGCGCGAAAACGAGCAAAACGGCCACGACGGCGGGUCGGCUUGUACUGGUGGCCUGUAAGGACACCGUGAAGCUGACUGCCCGCCGUCUCCUGCAGGAGCAACUUGACAGAAAUCGUCGAACCGUCACCGCCACGUCUUCGAACGAGAAUAUCCUGGAGGGUAUCAGGCUCGAGGACAUAGCCAUGAAACAGGAACCGGAGGACGAGGAUGAUUGUUAUCUGGAGGGGGCCGAAAUGUCCUCUUCGUCGCCACCUCCGUUGACGAACCGUCAUACGGUUAGCACGCAUCGUGUUCGUUCACAUGCACGUAGUCUUCGUGCUAUGACCAACCCGAGCGCGGUUUGGGCACAUUUUGACUUGUGCGCGAACGAUCCGCUGCGUGCACAGUGCCGUAUAUGUGGAGCGGUCGUGGUCAGAGGCGGUGCUAAUCCACGACAGUGUGGCACCACGAACCUUCAUCGUCACCUUAGGGUACAUCACGGUGGCAGACUCAUUGGCAGUCGCUAUCACGUAUUACAAUCACCAUCACAGUCCAAUACAACUGGUAAAACUAUAAGAAUAGCAGCACAGUCCUUGGUAAGACCUCACCUCAGGAAUAUUGCGCCUGCACCUAUACAGCAGCAACAGCAACAACAGCAACAGCAACGACAACCAAAGACACUUGUGUUAAAAACAAUACCCCUUAAAGUAAAACAAGUUGCCCCUACAACCAUUAAAAUGCCACCUAGACAAACCACUCAAGGAUUACCUCAUAACAUUGUACACCAACAGCCUACAGAGGUUUGUUUAAGAUGGAACAGUUAUCAUAGCAACAUGCAAAACAGUUUCCCAUCUUUGUUAGACUCUGAGCAAUUCGUUGAUGUUACCUUGGCCUGUGAAGGCCGUUCGUUAAAAUGUCACAAGAUGAUACUAUCGUCGUGCAGCGAUUAUCUAGCGGAUUUAUUACGCGAAAACCCCUGUCAGCAUCCGAUUAUUUUAAUGAAAGAUCUGAAAUUCUGGGAGGUUGAAGCACUAGUCAAAUUUAUGUAUCGCGGUGAAGUUAACGUUGCCCAUGAUAAACUGCCACAACUAUUGAAUGCAGCUGAAGCAUUACAAGUAAAAGGAUUAGCUGGACCAAAUCCUUCAUCUCAGAAUCCAAAGCCACCGUUACUUAUACCGCAAUCAAAGCCAGUAUCUCAACCAGUUCCUCGAGCCUCAUCAGAGACCAAAGAGAAAGCUUCUACUUCUGGCGUUACUACGCCUUCUAGUCCGAAACGUGCACAAAAGCGACAACAUACAGAACCCACCGAACCAAAACCAUUUACCAAGAUACGCUUACAACGACCCGUAACACCUACGUCGCCGGGUGUUACAGUGAAGAUGGAACCGCUGGAUAUACCUUUAAGCCCAACCGAGAUAUUCCCCGAGACUACCGAAGACUGUUCGACACCGUCGAAUUUCGACAAACUAAUGAGUUUACACGAAGAGGAUGAUCCGGGUGGCAACGAGGUGAUCGAUGGCGAAAGGGAAAUUAAUUUCUGCGAGAUACCCGAACCACCGGAUAUAAACGACAGCGAGGACCAAAUGGAAUUUGUACCUACAGACUUUUUAGACCAGGAACAAGACAUAGUCGAAGAAACGGAAACGGCAUCCAAUAAGGAUAACAAAGAGGAAUCUAGAGAUUAUAGUUCUGUCGAGCUUGAAGACGGUGAAAGAAGCGAAAAUGAAAAGGAACCAUGUUCAAAAGAGAAAAAACCUGUUUAGUAAGAUGAUCUAUAAUAUUCAGUGCUUCAAUUAUUGUUUAUGAGAAAGAAUUUAACGAGAUUUACGUUUCGAGCUUUUAGUUUUUUGAAAGGUUCUUAGGGUUAAUUAUUAUUGCUAUAAAAGUACCUUACAAAUUCUUCGCCUGAGAUUCAUUUUAUCGAUUCACUUUUAAACACAUAUACAUAUAUUAUUUUUGUGAUAUUGUUUUACGUAAUCUAUCAUUGCAACAAGCUUUUAAGCUUCGUUUCCGAUUGAACAAAUAUAUGUAUCAAAACUCAGUCGUUCGUUCUUAGAGAAAUAUGAAAGGAUAUUUCAUUAAUGUUGUAAAUAGAAGAAUAUAUGCGGUUGAAGAAGUAAAACUAUUUUUACCACUUGCUAUAUGAAUUGUAGCAGCUAUACAUAUAUACGUGUAUAUCUUUCAAGCGUUUUCUGCGAGUUCAUUGUUCAAAAUUCAUAUUUCUAUACAAUCGAUUACGCUGGAAAGUACGAUUUAAACGAUAAUGAUUGAUUAAUUGUACAUAUUUAUAAAAGUAUGUAUAACCAGUUUUAUUGUGUGACACUUAGGAACCGAGUAUUGUACAUGACCUUUAAUGUCUUUAAGUGUAAUCAUAAUUUAUUUGCGUAAAAGUUAAUCCAUACUUUUAUAUUUCCAUAAAAUUGUAAUUCGUAUACCAAUAUCGGUGGUCGAUUAGACGUUAAUUAAUCGAUUCUUAAAUUGUUUCUAAGAAAGUAAACUUUCUGUAUUUUAAUCUGAUAUGUACAAACACAAUGAAAGUUUUAGUUGCACCUGUUGACAUCAUUUAAUAAGUUUUACAAUCUUUUCAUAAUUUUUAUCGAAUCGAAAUAUUUAAUUUUGUUACUGAAUCAAUGAAAAAUCGAUGCAUUUAUAAGGUGUGAUAAAAAUUCCUUUUCAUUAGAUAAGAUUGUAAGAUGGAUUCAUUGGAGUGUAGAUUGAUAAUUCUUUGUUAUCAUAUUUUCUGUUGCGUUAUAACACCUGUUUUAGGUUCCUAGAUUAUCAUUAUUAUUUUAAAUUAAUUUGGAAUUAAUUAAUUAUAUAUGUUUCAAAUUAUGCUUAAAUGUAAGCAUUCUAAGUAUAUGAUACGUAUUAAAUCGAAAAUAGUUGCAAAAUUACGUUUAUUGUAAAAAAUUCGUAUAUGACCGGAAAGUAUAUGUACAUUAUAACAUGUGAAAUUAUGUCUUAUAAAUAAAUUGCUAUAGCAGUAUAUAGCAAAUAAAA